AUGGGUCAUUGCAUUUCAUAUUGUAAAAGAAAACCAAAUAAUAAUAAAGAAACUCUUUUAAAAAAAAAGGUUAAUAAUAAUAAUAGGAAAAAAUCAAAAAUCGAUAAAAGAUUAAUGUUAAACAAUCCUUUUUAUAGUGAUCUCUCAAUAAAAUGUAAGGAUGGAAUAAUUUUAUAUGCGGAUAAAUCCAUUCUAUCUUCCCGCUCCAGCGUAUUUAAACGCUUGAUCAUAUUAAGUGAAGAGGAGAAGGGGGAAGAGAGGGAAAAAGAGAAAUUGGGCAAAGUGUUUGACAAGAGUCACAUUAGAUUCUUAAAAUUUCCUCAAUUCAGUUUUAAAACAAUAUUAUUUAUAUUAGAAUAUUUGUAUUUGGGUCAUAUUAAAUUAGAUAAAAUCAUAUUAAAACAUUUGGAGAGAUUAUUAAAGAUUAGAAAAGAUAAUAAUUUACCAGUGAGAAUAUUAUCAAAAUCAAUUAAAGAAUUUCAACAUUCCAACACAACAACCUCCAAUCAUUCAGAAUUGUUGAUCAGAGAAAGGUAUUUUAACUUGUUGUAUAAAGCAAUAAUUAGAAUACCACUAAAUUUUAUAGAUUAUGAUAUGUUUAAUUACGAAUCACUUGUAUUCAUAUUGACAAAUCAUGACAAGGAAAAAACAGCAAUCGUAAUAGAUGAAGAAUUCAAUACAUCUGAAUAUGAUGUUUUUAGAUAUGUGGUAUUUUGGGCCUUGAGCCAAUUAAAAACAAACGGAAAUUUUUCCAUGAAAUAUUUUGAAGUGCUUUUACCAAUUUUAAAUUAUGCAGAAAACCUGGAUUUACAAGAUUUGGUUGAAUUGAAAAAAUUACAACAAGAUUUCAAAAAUAAUAUUUCAGAAAACAUCAACAAAAAAAUUCUUAUACUGAUAAACCCUUUAUUAUUAAAAAUAGAUUUCAAAUUAAUUCAUCCUUCAAUUCUAAUAAAUAUUAUUGAACCAUUAGAAAUUAUUCCAAAACAUCGUUUAAUCGAUGCCUAUAAAUAUCAAGUUGAACUACCAUCAGGUUUCAUUCCAAAAAGAAACAGAGGAGUAAUAUUUGCAAAACCUAAAGAUUUGCUCUUGGAAUGGGAUCAAAAGGUUCACGGUAAAAAUAUCAUAUUGUCAGAAAAUAAUAAAGUGGUUACAAGCAUUGGUGAUAAAUUGGAAUUUGCUAGAUCAAAAUUAACAAGUUUUCAUGGGAGUGGUUAUGAUGUUUAUGAAUGGGAUAUUUUGAUAGAAGAAGAUUGUAAAAACAAUAUAUGGAUAGGUGUCCACUCUGAUCAAUACAACAAUCAUAAUAAUUCAAACAAGAAUUGUGAAAAAUGUCUGAAAAAUACAAAACAUGCUUGGGUUUUUGGUUCAAAUGGUUUAUUAUAUCAUAAUGGAAAAUCAAGGAAAUAUGGCACAAAAUAUGGUAAAGAUGACAGGAUUACCGUCCAUUUAAAUAUGUUUAGAAAAUCUUUAUCUUUUUCGAUUAAUGGUCGGCGGUUUGAAGAAGCUUGGUCAAAUUUAUCACCUAUACUUCAACCUGUAGUGUCUAUCAAAAAGCCUGCUAAAAUAAGAAUAGAUUACAAAAAAAAUUUCAAUGAAAAUGAUUAUGAUGACAAUACUACCGAGUAUGACAUUGAUGAUUUUAUUAUUGUUAGCAGCUAUGAGUAG